GGCCGGCCGGCCGCGAUGUCCGGCGCGGAGGAGGCCGGCGGGGGCGGCCCGGCCGCGGGGCCUGCCGGCGUCGUGCCGGCCGGGGCCGGGGUCGGGGCCGGGGCCGGGGCGGCCGCAGGGCCGGCGGCGGCGCUGGGCGAGGCGGCGGGGCCCGGGCUCCCAGACGAGGCGGGCCUGGCCGGAGCCCGGCAGCUGCAAGAAGCGGCCGGCGACCCCGACGCGCCGCCCAAGAAGCGGCUACGGGCGGCCGAGGCGGCCGAGGCGGCGGCGGCGGCGGCGGCGGCGGGCAGCGGGAAGCUGGAGGAGCGGCUCUACUCGGUUCUGUGCUGCACGGUCUGCCUGGACCUUCCCAAGGCCUCCGUGUACCAGUGUACUAACGGUCACUUGAUGUGCGCUGGCUGUUUUAUCCACCUACUAGCAGAUGCCCGGCUGAAGGAGGAGCAGGCCACGUGCCCCAACUGUCGUUGCGAGAUCAGCAAGAGCCUCUGCUGCCGCAACCUGGCCGUGGAGAAGGCCGUGAGUGAGCUGCCCUCCGAGUGUGGCUUCUGCCUGUGCCAGUUCCCCCGCUCCCUCCUGGAGAGACACCAGAAAGAGGAGUGCCAGGACAGGGUCACCCAGUGCAAGUACAAGCGCAUCGGCUGCCCAUGGCACGGCCCUUUCCAUGAGCUGACGGUGCAUGAGGCCGCGUGCGCCCACCCAACCAAGACGGGCAACGAGCUGAUGGAGAUCCUGGAUGAGAUGGACCAGAGCCACCGCAGGGAGAUGCAGCUGUACAACAGCAUCUUCAGCCUGCUCAGCUUUGAGAAGAUCGGCUACACAGGCGGUUACUGCAGUGGCUGUGGGCCUCCUGAGGCCAGCGAGAAGACAGUCAGGGCCAGGGCUCCAGAACGAGCCAAGGGUCCCCAAGUCGAGCUGCAGAGCUGGGCGUGGACGCCCCAAGAUGGGCAGGCUGGACUGCACCCAGGCCCACUGGAUCUCUUGGGCUCUCCUGGCCACCACUACUGCCUUUGGACACGCUGGGGAGCAGGAGUCAGGCCAGAAGCUGGUCUAGACACAGAGAACAGCAAGAAGCACCUGCUGUCGCUGGAGCUGCUGGGGGUAUUCUGGUCCUCUCCUGCCCAGCCCACGCCAGGCGGCCGGCUCAGAGCAUCAAGGGCAGCCACAGGCAGCAGUCACACCAUGCUGCCUGGACUGGGCCUGGCGAGGUGUAGGCCUGUGUAGGCCCCAGAGGCUGAGGGCCUGGGGCCUCAGCAGCAAAAGGCCACGGCCCUUGAUUAGUCGUAGCCUCAGCCAUCCUGGUGGGCAGCGUAUCACAGACAGUCCAGGCCAGGCCUCGAGGGUCCGGGCAGGCCGAGGCAUCGUGACUGCAAUGGCAGCCGGGCAGAAACAACUGGCCACCUCCGUGGAGUGACUCGCAGGCCAUGGGCCGUGCUGAGAGGACAGUGUGACAGCAGUCGCCCACUGACGGGCAGGCCUGCGGCCGGCUGGCAGAGCCCAGCAUUGGGCCAGACACUGGCACUCCGCCUCACAGCCCAGCGCAGGCUUGGGUGCCACGCGCCAGCCCUCCUGCCGGCUUUUCUGGCAGCUCUGUAUCAGAACCAAUAAAGUGCACUUGUUCUCAGAA